UCACAUCUGCGUCCGUCACGUGGGGCCGCGUCUGGCGCGCCGCGAGCGGCGUUCGGCUCCGGUGGCGAGCGCGGGGCUGGGUGAGCGUCAUGGCGGCGAGGCCGCUGUCCUCGGGCGUCGCCGGCCCCGGCGCGGUGUCGGCCGCCGCUUAUCCCGACACGCCGGCCGAAUUCCCCCAUCACCUCCAGGCCGGCGCGAUGCGGCGCCGCUUCUGGGGCGUGUUCAACUGCUUGUGCGCCGGCGCGUUCGGGGCCCUGGCCGCCGCCUCCGCCAAGCUGGCCUUCGGCCGCGAGGUGAACAUGGGCCUGUGCGUCUUGGGCAUUGUCACCAUGGCGAGUACCAACUCCCUGAUGUGGACCUUCUUCAGCCGGGGCCUCAGUUUCUCCAUGUCUUCAGCCAUUGCCUCGGUCACCGUGACUUUCUCUAACAUCCUCAGCUCGGAAGCUCCCGCCCGCCUGGAAGGCCCUGCCCCACAAGCAGCAGUAGCCGCCGCCCCGACGGCCCGCCGCGGGCAUGGACGGCGACCCCCGGGCCAGGCCUGGGCCGCGCAGCCCCGAGGGCGGAACGGACACGCCGGCCUCCGUGUGCACAGUGCGUUCACUGUCCCGGCCCCCCCCCCCCCCCCAGAGCCCUGGACCAGCCCGUGCACCUGCGCCGCCCUGGAGGCUGACACCUGAGGGUCGCGGUACGAGGCCGGCCCGAGCCAGAAAGGGACUCUGGUUACCAUGAACCACCAACGUGGUCAAGCGCUAGCCCCGAACGCUGACGCUGAAG